AUGCUUGACCUCGCCGCAAUGCUUCAUCGUAGGAAAAAGUUCGCGUUCACCUCCAGGAGCGUCUACAACUCCGAUGUCGUCGAUCCCUCCAGUGGAAUCCCCCUAUUCAAGGUCGUGACUCCAGAGAAUGCGUCUACGACCACGGUCACAAACAUCCAGGGCCAAUUCGUGGCGAAAUGGGAGCGUAAACCUGGCUCGACGGACGAUGACGUCAUCACCUUCCACGGCGUCACCGUCGGCCUGUCCGAACGAAUGCAGGGGUUCGGAUUCUUCUUCAUACCCCCACUGCUCGCCCCGGCCGACCGGGAGACGUACAGCUGGGUGCAGCGCAACGCGGCAGCCGAGUUGAAGCUCGUCGACGGGACCAACACCGUAGCCAAAGCGUACCGAAGCAACACACCCCACGCCCACCCGACCACCGUCAAGUUCGACCGCUCGCUCGCUCCGGACCUCGACCGCCUCGUGGUUUCCUUCGUCGUCGCCGAGGGCAGGCGCGAAGAGCGGCGGGCCGCCGCUGCGGUAGAAGCCACCGCCCGCACGGCGGCUGCCAGUGCGUACGCGCCCCGGCCUCGGGCAGCGACCGCGCCCUCUCCCGCUCCCGCCACUGCCCCCGCCGCCCCCGCCGCUCCCGCUCCCGCGAUACACGUCAACACGUUCGCCACGCCGCUCAUGGUCGCAGUCAUCCCCCCACGAGCUCGUUUUGCUCCGCGUCCUAUGGUUCCCAUCGUCGGGCCAAGAGGGGGGUUCCGUCGGCGGUGUUAG